UAUUCCCCACUCUCACCAGUCAGAACGUUGGGUUACUCUGGGUCACUUUAGAUUUUUAGUUUAGCGUAAAAAUUCGGAAAUCCGUACGGUCGGGAAGUUCAGAUCUCAAUUUUAUUUUUAUUUACUUUUCGUUCGGUCAGAACCGUACAUUGAAUGAUCUACAUUCCAUCUGAGACAUGGAAACCGAUUCAGUUGACACUGCAAAACAAAUUCACGUAUCAUCGCCAUUCCGAUUAGUCAACGGACAAAAGACUCCAACGCCGCCGAACUGUACAUAUAAUCCGGCAACAAUUGGCAAAUCGACGCCAAACAGUUUUCAUGGCAAUAAGUUUUUUAAGAACGUAUUCAAUACACCGCCGUCACGGUUAUCGAAAGUGGUGCAUCCGAAAGUGGUAAAUCCAUUUGAAGUGGGUCUGACAGAACGAUUACAUUUGCCGUUGAUAUGCAGUCCAUCGUUGUUCCAUCGUCCAAAUACGCCUCAGAUGUCGUCAACACAUUUCGAAUGGACCAUAGACGAAAUUUCUUCGUUGAAUCCGGCUAGCUUUGAAGCACACGAAACACAAUUUGCAUCUACGACUGAUCCAGAAACCGAAGCUAAGAUUCAAGUGACAUUAAGCUCGUUCUUUCGGGAUCAAAUAAUUGUUCCCAGUCCAGUGGACUGUCCAUUGCGAAAUCAAAAAAUUAUUCUGUCCGACGAGCCGAAGACUGUACGCGACGGAAUAUGCCAGACUGAACUAUCGCUACCACCGAACUUACCCAAAGAUAUCGAAGAUCUCCUAAAGCCAUAUUUUACUCAGACAAUGAAUCAACAACAAAGUCCUGCCAAAGACUGUGAUACAACGAUCGAUCAUGAUGCGCGCGAUGCAUUAUUGAGACGUAAACUAUUUAAUCAAUCGAGCAGCUCCAGCUCCAGUUCCGUGUACGAUGAUCACAUCGACCUGGAUCUGGAAUGUCUCAGUCCACCGCCAUGUAGUCCGGAAUUGAGGAGUAAAUGCGUCGACGAACAUGGUGUAACAUCCGAGAUGCCCGAGAGUGACAAACCGUUCUGUCCCCUUUCACCCAUCAACAUAGUGACACCGAUCAAAAUUCAAACGCCCAGCAGAAACGAUUGGAGCUGCGAAAGCAUGAAGUCGGUUUACAACAGCACACCGGAGUGUAGCCUGUCCAACUACCUAACCACAUCGUCCCAUUCGGUGAGCAUUUUGAACGAUACGAAAGAGAAUAACAUUGCCAUGGACAUGGAUCUGACGAUGUUCAGCAUGACGGACGACGAAAAGCAACUGACUUACAUGCGUACGCCGAGUCGUCGUCGGCAUCGCUACUCGAGCCGGAAGAAUUUGUCGCAUUCGUUUUCCUGCUUGGACGAUGAUGUCGAUGAGGACGUGAAACCGAUCCCGGACGGUAAUGUGUUGUGCAAAACCGAUAGCGGUUUCAAUGAAACGGAUGACAAGGCGAACGAUGAGUUUAAUAAGUGGCCGGCAAAGCAAUCGGUAGCAAUUCCUAGCAUCAGCGAUACGAUGGACGUCGACGCGGGCAGUCCGAGCGGAUGAUUGCAUUGAUCAUUUUUUGACUGAAUUGUGUGCAAUGCCAACUGAUUUGAUGGAAAUAUUUUUAGAAUUUUAAUUUGUUAAAUUUAUGCAGCCAAUUUGUGCCAUGAUUUUGAAAUGAAUUUCCCCCCCCGUUCAAUGUUAGGUGUAAAAUGAAUAGGAAAAAGAUUUUUUUUUUUGUUUUUACCACUAAGUUUCGUUCGAAUUUUAAUUGAGGGAAUUUUUAGUUUAAAACCAAAUUGUAAUGUGGAGCCGUUUAUGGCAUCAAUGUAAAUUGCCAUUGUUGACGUUGUUGGAUACACAUUGUAAUUCGACAGUUAAAUACAGUUAACAAUUUCUGAUGGAAACAC